GCGGGGGCUCUGGCGGCGAAGAAUAUCGGAGGUGGGGUGAAUUAUGUCGCCGUGUGCGCCGCCCUGAGCGUCGGCGCGGGCGAUUUCACCGCGGGCAUCGCCGUGGAUAACGUCGCCGCUUUGAUUUUUUUUCCACUCUUAGCGGCGUGGGCGCGACGCGUGAACGCCGACGGCGAUGGCGGCGACGGUGGUGAGGAUUUGAUUGAUACACACAGUAUUCUGGGCGUCGAGAUCGCACGUAAAGAUGACGCCGACGCGUCUUCGGCGGACGCGCUCACGACGGCGUUUGUCACGGUCGGAGCGCUCGCCUGCGGAAACGUCCUCGCGAACGUCGCCGGAUUCCCAACCGCGACGCUUCCGUGCACGACCGCCUUGGCCGUUAUAUUUGCCACCGCGGCUCCGACGCUGGCGCGUCCGAUCGCUGCGACGGCGGAACCGUUGGCCACUUCGCUGCUGUUUGUUUUCUUUGUCAUCGCCGGCGCGUCAUCCGGCGACCUCUCGCCCUCGACUUUGGCUCGCUAUGGCGACGUCUUCCGCUAUUGUGCGGUACUUUACGCAGUGCACGUCGCACUCGUGGCCGCGUGUGCCACGUUCAUCGACGGCGGUCGCCGGAAGCGCGAGUUCAUCCUCGCGAGCAACGCCGCGGUGGGCGGUCCCGCCACGGUCGCCGCGCUCGCGACCUCCGCCGGAUGGCGACGGCUCUCCGUUCCCGCCGUUCUCUGCGCCGUCGCCGGGAACGCAUUCGCCACGUUCAUCGGCAUCGCGUUAUCCUCGGCGUUCGGUCGUUUCGCGGGGUGA